UUUUGUUUUCUCUUACAGACAUUUGGCGAGAAAUCCUUUUAUAUGUGACUGUAAUCUGCGAUGGUUGGCAGAAUAUUUGCAUGCCAAUCCGAUCGAAACCAGUGGUGCUAGAUGCGAAACUCCACGAAGGAUGCACCGUCGACGGAUUAGUCAAAUGCGAGAGACUAAAUACAAAUGUAAAGGUACGGAAGCGUAUCGCACAAGAGGAGCUGGUGAAUGCGCAUCUGUUCAUGACUGCCCUGAUCCUUGCGUAUGUGAAGGGACAAUGGUGGAUUGUUCAGGAAAGCGAUUAAGAGAUAUACCUGAAAAUAUACCAUCUUUUACCACUGAACUACGAUUGAAUAACAAUGUAAUCCCUAAAAUAAAGGCUAAUGGUAUCUUCAAAAAACUACAAAAUUUGGCGAAAUUGGAUUUGAGUAACAAUGAAAUUUCUGAAAUUGAUGAUGGUGCUUUUCACGGAGCCAAUCAGCUUACUGAUUUAUUAUUAACUGAAAACAAAUUGAAAGAAGUCACUGCUAAAAUGUUCAACGGUAUUUCAAAUCUGAAAACACUGAUGCUGAGAACAAAUUUGCUGACUUGCGUCUCUAAUGAUACAUUCACCAGUUUGGGUUCUCUGCAAUUACUAUCUUUGUAUGAUAAUCGAAUCACUCACAUUAUGGCUGGUGCAUUUGAUAAGAUGCCUGCUUUAACAACAUUGAACCUCCUAGCAAAUCCUUUGAAGUGUACGUGUAGACUGAGGUGGCUCAGUGAUUGGUUGAAGAGAUCGAAUAUAGUCAAUGGGAAUCCACGCUGCCAAGCACCCAUGUCUCUCAAAGAUAUUCCCAUUAAGGACGUAGAGAAAAAAGAAUUUGAGUGUGACAUCGGCAUGGAAGAAGAAGAAGGCUGUGGAGCUACAUUGACCUGCCCCCUGGGGUGUACCUGUACCGGUACAGUGGUUCACUGUAGCAGAAGGAAACUUAAGGCCUCCCCAAGAAAUAUCCCUCCCACUACUACGGAACUGUAUUUAGAUGUAAAUGAUAUUUCAAGAAUGCCGGAAGAUUUGAAUAUAUUCAAAGAUUUAGAACGAUUGGAUCUUAGCAAUAAUCAGAUAACGGUCUUGCCAAAUAAUAUUGUAUCGAAUUUGAGCAAAUUAUCAACACUGAUUCUAAGUUACAACAAAUUACAAUGCAUCCAGGUUGAUAGUUUAUUAGGAUUAAAGUCACUAAGAAUUUUGUCCUUACAAGGCAAUGACAUAUCCAUGAUUCCAGACGGCGCAUUUCGAGAAUUAGUAUCCAUAACGCACAUAGCCUUGGGCGCCAAUCCGCUGUACUGUGAUUGUAACUUACGCUGGCUUUCUGAGUGGAUAAAGCAGGAUUAUAUUGAACCUGGAAUUGCUAGAUGUGCUGAACCUCGAUCCAUGAAAGACAAGCUCGUUCUAACAGCCGAUUCUAAUGGCUUUGUUUGCACAGGAAAACCUGAACCUGAGGUACUUGCCAAAUGUGAUGCGUGCUACACAUUUCCCUGCCAAAACGGCGCUACAUGUAAGCCAAAGCCACUACGAGACUAUGAAUGCAUAUGCGCACCAGGCUACCAUGGUGUCAACUGCGAAUACGUCAUUGAUGCCUGCUACGGUAAUCCUUGUGAAAACAGUGGUACUUGCAAAGUUAUGGAGGCUGGACGCUUUAGUUGUCACUGCCCUUCAGGAUAUGAAGGUGACAGAUGUGAAACUAAUAUUGACGAUUGCAUGGACAACAAAUGUGAAAACAAUGCCACCUGCAUCGAUCUUAUUGAAGAAUAUGAAUGCCGAUGCAAUCCUGGCUAUACUGGAAAUUAUUGUGAAAAGAAAAUAAAUUUCUGUACAAAAGAAUUCAACCCUUGCAAAAAUGGUGCCACCUGCAUCGAUGAAAACUAUUCUUAUAGUUGUGCAUGUUCACUUGGGUUCACCGGCGAAAAUUGCACUAUUAACAUCAAUGACUGUUUAGAUCAUCUAUGCCAAAAUGGCGGCACCUGCAUCGACGGCAUUAACACUUACAGAUGCCAGUGCCAGGAUGGAUUCUCGGGAGCCUUUUGCGAAUUGGAAAACAUGGUUGACCUACUGUACCCUCAAACUAGUCCUUGUCAACACCAUGAUUGCAAACAUGGUGUCUGUUUCAUGCCAAGCAACGCAAAAGACUAUAUCUGUAAAUGCUCGCACGGUUUCACAGGUAAGCGUUGUGAAUCGCUUUCCAGCAUUAGUUUUCACGAGGGAUCUUACGUGGAGUUGGAUCCACUGCUUACUAAACCAGACGCCAAAAUCUCGAUAACUUUUGCAACUCAGCAAAGUUACGGGGUAAUGCUGUACAAUGGUGAAGCCCAGCAUUUGGCUGUAGAGCUGUUUAGAGGCAGAAUUAGAGUCAGCUACGAUGUUGGUAACUACCCUGUGUCGACUAUGUUUAGUUACGAAACGGUCAGUGACGGCGAACCCCAUGUUGUAGAACUUUCCCUUAUAAAAAAGAACUUCACUAUGAGGGUUGAUAAUGGCACAUCCAGAACUAUUGUUAACGAAGGACCUAAAGAUUACCUGGAGGUAUCGUCACCUUUGUAUAUGGGCGGUGUUUCUGAUGAGGCUGCUAGCAGUGCUCUUCGUCAGUGGCACCUAAGGAAUGCAUCAAGCUUUGAAGGUUGCAUGAAGGAUGUGCGACUGAAUGGCAAAUUGCUCGAUUUCAUGGUGGCCAGGAAGCAACAACGCGUGACACCGGGAUGCGCAGAGCUCGAAGAUCCGAAACCCUGCAAAGAGCAUCUCUGCCAGAAAGGAAAAUGUGUACCAACUGAUAAAAACAGUUACGAGUGCCAGUGUAGGAAAGGAUGGAGUGGGAGACAUUGUGACCAAGCUCCAUCUUGCCAGAAGGAACAAUACAGAGAGUACCUGGAAGAAAAUGGCUGCCGUUCAACAAAAAUGAUCAAAAUGGCUAACUGCGUCGGAUCCUGUGGAGACCAAUGCUGUAGACCACAGAGGAUAAAGCGCAGAAGCGUUCGCAUGACAUGCCCGAACGGCACAAAAUAUUCAACACAAGUUGAUGUCAUCAGAAAAUGUAAAUGUGUUCAAAAAUGUUAAAAUAUUUAACACCGAAUUACAAAUUUCGGUCCCCGCGGACAAAUGAACUUCAUAUGCAAAAAAAAAAGGACUUAACUCAUCGUUUUUUUUUUAUUUUGAAAAAGGAUGAUUAUCUUUUUCCUGUUAACCAAUUGACAGCUAAGAAAAUCGACGUUGCGUUUGCGGCCAGAUAAUGCAAGGCGUGCCAACGCAAAUGCCCACCAAGCGCGCCAUCAAAAAAUUAGAGGUAAAGCAAAGACACAUUUUUUUCGUGCAAAUGCCCACUAGAUGUUAAGUUGAAAACACCACUCAGUCAAGCUGAAGCAUUAGAUGUCAUGGCUUAUUCACAUUUGUAAUGCGCAAAGCUCUUAGGUAUCAGGCUAUCACUUGCAUUUCACAGAUGUUUUUAAAACAUACAGAAAAACACUUACGUGUGCAGUUAUCUAUUA